UUAUUAUCUUUUAUAUUUAUGUGUUGUUCCGAAGUACUUUUUGGGGAUUCCUUUAUCUUCAGACGAAGCUAGAUCUUAAGGUGGUCACUGGUCGGCGAGUUUAAAAGAACCGUUCAGUGGCAGAAGAUCGAUAUCAAGCUCUCACCUUCGUGUCUUGAGAAGUUGUUCAACAUUCGAGGGGUAUGGAUUAGUGAUAGUUGUUGACAUUUCUAACUCUCUAAAAGUGAGCGAAAACUCGGGAAGUGAGGUUAAUUCCAAUGCUUAAUGUUGGGGACGGAAAAUUAAGACUUUCGAUUUCAGUUCCGUCCGUUCAUCGUGUCGUUUGGGAAAGCAGUCACAAUCGCGACAGCCACCGUACUUGGGACAGUGGUGAAAUUGAUAUAAAAGCCGUUUUUAAUAUCUGUACCCAAAAAGUAAACUUAAACCUAUCGUAGCUGGAGUUGUAGGUUAUAAAGAGCUUCCAUGUGGCUGCCCCCUGGUUGUCCAAAAUAAAGCUCUUACACUUUUUCGCGGCAAAUAAAUUUGACACGGGAAUUAGUUUCCUCCUCCACCCCCGCCAUUCAAAAAUACUAAAAAAAAUAACUUGUUCAAAAGUUUUCUGACUUUUUUGAAUUUUUGACUGUUUAUUAAUUUUUGUGUGACUUUUCGAGCCCAGCAUAGAACAGGGAACAUCCUUCCCCGGGGACUGGAUUCGCUCUGGGAUUUGACUCGUUCUAAAUCCCAGCAAAACAGAAGUCUCUCAGUCAUAGCGUCGGGUGUCUCCAAAGUAAUUUUGCCACUUCAUGCUGAUGUGCAGUGAAAAGUGACGUCAAUUGCGCUCUAUUAAUAUACAAUUUAUCUUUAAAUCAUUUUAUUGACCACACUAUCAAUGACGAUCUUGAGUAAUAACAAACAUCUUGACGUUUACAAAUUGGUGUAUCAGGAGUUUGAAUCUUCAUUUGCCUCUGCCUUAUGGUAAUUGCGUUUCUAACUCCGUUGUUCUGGAGUGUAAAGGCUGGUGAAGGUGUUUAGUGGAUGUAAUCAUUAUCGUGAUGGAUUGGUAUCUUCAGCAGUCUUUAUGAACAAGAGGCAUGAAGUGUCAGUUUAAUUUUUUUUUGCACGUUGUUAAAUUUGGUGUUACUGUAUCUCUGAAUAAAGACACUUGGUAGAGGUCUAUUUUAAACGCCCCUCCCCCAAUUGUCAGCGGGAGCUUGAGCAGACAUGUUAGACAAUUGCAAGUAGUUGUGAGAAUAGCAGGGUAGUGCAAGUGAGAGAUUUCUGUUUCCUCAGUAUAGACCAGAACACCCAGAAUGCAAAGUGCAGCUCUAAGAACAUCAGAAUCAGGUUUAAUAUCACUGGCAGAUGUUGUGAAAUUUGUUUGCUGCAGCAAUACGUUGUAAGAAAGACUAUAAAUUGCAAUAAGAAUAUUAUAUAAACAAUUAAGCAAAAAGAGGGAAAAUAUUGUGUUAACGUUCCUGAGUUUAUUGUCCAUUCAGGAGCUUGAUGGCAGAGAGGAGAAAGCUGUUCCUGAAAUAUUGAUGGUAAUAAUGAGAAGAGGGCAUGUGAGAGAUGGGGGUCAUUAGCGAUGGGUGCUGUCUUUUGAAGAUGUCCUUGAUGCUGGGGAGUCUAGUACCCGUGAUGGAGCUGUCUGAGUUUACAGCUUUCGGCAGCUUUUUCUGAUCCUAUGCAGUGGCCUCUCCAUAGCAGAUAGUGAUGCAACCUGUUAGAAUGCUCUCCACGGUAGAUCUGGAGAAAUUUUCUCAGAUCUUGGGUGACAUACCAAAUCUCCUCAGACUCCUAAUGAAGUAUAGCCACUGGCAUGCCUCCUUUGUACUAGUAUCAAUAUGUUGGGCCCAGAUACUGACACCCAGGAACUUGAAAUUGCUGACUGCUGAUCCCUCACUGAUGACUGGUGGGUCUUCCCUUGACAUCCCCUAUCUGAAGUCAAUAAUCAGUUGCUGGCCUUACUGACACUGAGUGCAAAAUUGUUGUUGCAUAAUCAUUCAGCCAGCUUGUCUAUCUCAAUCCUGUACAACUCAUUGUCACCGUCUGAAGUUCUUCAACAAUAGUUGUCAGGAGCUGCACACUCGUAGAUGUAGACAAAGUAGAGCAGUGGGCUAAGCACGCAUUCCUGAGGUGUACCAGUGAGAAGGAGAUGUUACUUCUGAUCCGCCCUGGCUGUGGUCUCCCGAUGAAGUCAAGGAUCUGGUUGCAGAGGGAGGUACAUAUGCCCUUCUUUUAGGAAAUGGGGUGGCCAAGUAACUGAAGUCCAGUGACCAUAAUUCUAUUAGUUUUAAAAUAGUUACAGAAGAAGAUAGAGUAGAUUCAUAGGUUAAAGUCCUGAGCUAGAGCAGGAAUAUCUUUGAGAGCAUCAGGCAGAAUCUGGCUGGGGUUGACUGGGUGAUGUGUUCCUGUCUGAGUGAAGAGUAGACACAACUAGCUGAAGCAUCCUUGGCUAACAAAAUAAAACACGGCUCAGGUCAGAAAAAAGGAGUAAGUGUAUGUUGUGGUUAGGCAGCUGGGUAUGACUGGAUCCCUUAGUGAGUUGAAGAGGAUUAAAAACAACUGGAAAGACAAAACGAAGGUAUGAAGUUGAUUUGGCAGGCAGGGUUGAAGAUAAUGUCACGAGGUUAUUCAGUUAUGUUAGCAGUUAAAGGGUUACUAAGGAGAGACUAAGUCUCUUAAAGGCUAUCAGAGCCACCAGUGUGUGGAGCUGCUGGAGAUAGUAGAGAUUAACGUCUAUUUCUCCAGUGUUUACUGAGGGGAAAAUCAUGGAUUCCAAAGAAAUGAGGGUGAUAAGUAGUGAGGUUUUGGAUUGUGUGCUUCUUAGGGAGGUAUUUGCACUUUAAGGUGAGCAACUCCCCAGGGCCUGAACAAGUGCACCCUAGACCUUUCAGGAAGGAAAUCACAAGAGGCCCUUGUCAAGAUGUUUGUUUUGUCAUUAGCCACUUGUGAACUUCCAGAAGACUGGAGGGUGGCUAAUGUUAUUCAUUGUUCAAGAAGGGCAGCAAGAACAGAUAGGGGAAUUACAGGCUGGUGAGCCUGACUUCAGUUGUGGAGAAGUUACUGGAGGGAAUUUUGGCAGACUGGACCUGCUGUUGCUGGGUCAGUUAAGGACUGAUGAAGUACAGUUUUGUGCAUGACAGGUCAUGUCUGAUGAAGGUAGGGUAGCAAUUGUUGCCUGGAUGAACUUUAGUGAGGCAAAUGGAAGGUUGAUCUGAAGGGUUAGGUUACAUGCAAUUGGGUGGAGCCAGCAAGCUAGGUUCAGGUUCUCUCAAUGAGAGGAAGCAGAGGGUGAUGGUUAAAGGAUGUCUGUGACUAGUGGGGAACCUCAGGGAUCAUUGUUGGAACCUCUGCAUUUCUUGUGUAUGUAAAUUGUUUGGAUAUGAAUGUAUUUUGGAGGAUUAGCAAGUUUGCUGAUGGCACUAAAUUAAGGAGCCUUGUUGAAUAGGCGGCAAUGAAUUGCAAAGAGACCGUGAGUGGGGGCGGCACACGACGUUCAGCACAAACUACCACAGUUAGAGCGACCUAGUUUAGUGCUGCCUCUCUCUGUAAGGACUUUGUACGUCGUUCCUGUGGUCACAUGGGUUUGCUCCAGGAACUCCAGCCUCUUUCUACGUUUCGGACAUCAGUCGAUUAAUUGGUGGCAUGGGCUCGUUGGGCCUGAAGCACCUGUUACUAUGCUGUAUCUCUAAAUAAAAUAAAUUGAACAGAAUUGAAUAAUUAACGCAAUAGGAUGAGGAAUAUUUCUGCCUUGUAGCCUUUGGUAAAGUGCCAAAUGCUGCAGCCUAUGAUGCUCAGAGCAGGAGAGCUAAUUCAACAGGCCUGUAUGUUUGUGAUCAUUUCCAGACUCUUAAUAAGUGAAGUCAUUUUUAACAACAUGAUUAAAAACAACGGGCAGCUCUGCAGCAGGUUGUCACAGUUUGUUAAAACUGAAAGUAAUUGAAAAGAUGAAGUGAUUUAGUGGAUGUAUUAAUGUACCCUCUCUCCCAUUCCUCCUGGGCAGACACUGUGGGUGAGGAUGACUUGCUUCCACUCCAGUGUGGGACUAACGUGGGACCCACACACCGACACUCCAAGAGCUGCAUGACAGGGGAGGCAACUGGGUUGUUCAUUAGGUGGUGUGUUCUUCUGGGCAUUUAUCGACAAAUUACUUUGUGCCCCCCCCCCCAAACACUAAAUUUGGGUUCCCAGUGCCAUCUCCAAAUCUGCUCUCCCAGUUUGAUGCAGAUUCCUGUGACGGAGCAGCUUCAUCCUGGUUGGGGGGGGGGGGGGGGGGUGAGGAAAUAUAAUAAGACAGAGGGACCUAGGUGUAAAAUUGCUUAGUUUGUUGAAAAUGUUGUCAUGGUUAGACAGGGUGGUAAAAAGGCAUUUAGCACGUUACUUAUGCCAUCUCCAAUGGGAUCCCAUCACCCAGAUAUCCAACCCCCCCCCCCCCCCCCCCACUUUCUGCAGGGAUCACUCACUACCCAACUCCUUUGUUCUCUUGUCCCACCCCAAUGAUUUCCCUCCUGGUACUUGCAUUUGCAAGCAGAACUAGUGCCACACCUAGUGAGACCCAAUGUAGAGUGGAAGAAUGCUCCAUCUGCCUCAAAAAGUGGUAUCUCCCCCCGUGGCCACCAUUUCAAUUCUACUUCCCAUUCCCGUUCUGACAUGUCAGUCCAUGGCCUCCUCUAUCGCCACAAUGAAGCCCCACUCAGCUUGGAAGAGCAACAAUUUGUAUUCUGUUUAGGUAGCCUCCAACCUGAUGACAUGAACUUCGAUUUCUCAAACUUCCAGUAAUUGCACCCUCCUCCUCCUCCUCCUCCUCCUCCUUCACCAUUCCCCAUUCCCCAUUCCCGUUUUUCCCUUCUCACCUUAUCUCCAUACCUUCCCAUCACCUCCCUCUGGUGCUCCUCCCCCUUCCCUUUCUUCCAUGGUCAUCUUUCCUCUACUGUCAGUAAGCACAUGUAAUAUUCUAACAGCGCAUGCACUCUUAUGCUACAACGUAGCUGAGUUUUGGAUUGGAAAUACACGGGCAAAAUAAUAAUAAUACAGUUGAAUUUUAUUUUACUUAGACAGUCAGCACAGUAACAGGUCACUCCAGCCUAAUGAACUUGCACUGCUCAAAUACAACCCAAAUGACAAUCAACUUGCUAACUUGUACGUUGUUGGGAUGUGGAAAGAAACCGGGAGCACCUGGAGGAAACACACGCGGUCAGGGGGCAAAUAUACAAGCUCCGUACAGUCAGCAGCGGGAAUUGAACCUGGAUUGCUAGGACUGUAAUUAUGCUAACCCCCUACACUAUUGUGCUGCCCUCAGCAAGGAAUCGUCAAUCUUAAUGUACUUCAAAAUAUAAAUUGCCCUGUAGUGGUUAAAGGAGAAAACAGUAAUAAAGACUCAAAUUCUUAAUCAAAUAUAUAUAUUAGGAAUGAACCCAUGUGAUUAUUAUCUUCACUUCUAAGUGGGAAAGUAAAUCUCUCUCCUUGUUAAUUGUCCUGUUUAGGCCAUGUAUGCAUUUAAAUUCCUAAUGUAAACAAUUGUGUACUUAAAAAGUGCUCUAAUAGAAUAAAUUGUGUUAGAUUUUCUUUCAGAAUGACCACUGAACUACAAUGUUAUUUUGAACAAUACAAGAAAGUUUGUGAAGAAUCGUCUUUGGGACACAAUGGAAUUUGUCGCGAUAACAAAUUGAAAGAAGAAAUCAGACAGUGGUUAAUAAAAAGUGGUGCACAUUUGGCCUCCUUACUGUGGGUUGAUGUGCAUGAAAUUAUUGCCAAAUCCUUGCAAAGGUCACAUAAUUACCCAAGUAUUUUCAAGAAGCUGAUUGGGGCUUUUGAAUUAUUGGAAAUGGCUGCUGCCAACCUCUUUCAGUACCCAUGGAGAAAUGAAUUCAAAUCAAUAAAGACUUUUUCAGGAGCCUAUAUGUACCACCUAAAACCUACAAUCUGCAAUGAAGACCUUGAAAGAAUUUUUAAGAGAAUGGGCUAUCAGGUAAAGGAUAAUCUUGAACUUGAAGUGGGGGAUCUUCCACAGGCUUCACAAUUGAUAAGUCUGGCGUUUAACUUCUUUGUUGCAAGAACUGAAUGUGAAAUCUUGUUAGAAGUGGUUGGAAAACUUGGCUACUGCAAGGUUUCAGUAGAAGAACUGCUUUUACAAAGAAAACUGAUGACCAGUGUUGACACCUGUGUGGAAAGGCUAAACUGGACCUGUUCUGCUUCUGAGACCCAGAGAGAAAAGCAACUUCAAAGAAGACUUGCAUCUGUCUCCAAUGCAGAAGAUAUUUAUAUGGAUUCAGGAUCUAAUCCUAGCACAAAUAAUCAAACCAAUCCUCCUUCUCAGCAUGAAUAUAAUAGAAGCACGUCCCCCUUGGCAAUGAAUGUAGAGUACAGGCCUUCUAGUAGUGACCAGUGUAAGGAUGAAACUUGCAGCAAGCACGUUACUAGAAUCUCUGGUAAUGAGCACAUUCCUCCUUCGAAUAUUGAAGACAAUAAAUUUGAGGAAUCUCAAGACCUCCAUAAAACCACAGCUGAGUUUAAAUCUGUUGGUGACCCCAAUACAGCUGGAAAUGUUUUGGAUCUGAGAAAAUACUCAAAGCAUAAUUGUCUUGACAAUGGUGAAUCAGUUCGCUACUGUUGUGAUACAUGUUGUACAGCUCAUACCAUUUCCUGUAACAGUAUGAAAGCUUGCACGGGUCAUGUCGUCAGAUUUUUUAAAGCUGAAGACUCUGUUUAUCCCCAACAGGCUGAAGGUGCAUGUGGUAACUUGGCGCAGUCAUCGCAUGCAGGCAUACUUAAAAUAGGUCUUGCGUGUGUGACAUGUAAAGCAUUAGCCUCAUACAUUUGUUGUGAAUGUGGCAUGUGUAAGUGUUCAUACUGUGGUUACCAAUCUGUACUAAUGUGUCAGAAAUGUGACACAAUGCUAGAGAAGUUAAGAUCCUGAUUGUGUUUGGACACCCACACGUUUAUGGUAAAAACAAUAGGGUGUACACAAGUGAUUUAUGUGAAUGGUCAGUUAAAUAGUGUAACAUUUUGAAAUUAUUGCUUGUGAAAACAUUUUGUAAUAUUUUCAUAAUAUAAGAAUUUUUGUCUUUGAUCAAAUGUACUCUGCAGACUCAAAUACCUAUCAUUUUCCAUUAAACUGUUUGAAUCUGAAAGUGCUUGAUACUUAUGGCGAAUUGUACAGUCAAAUCUUACGUUUAUUAUCGGCUAUUUGGGUUAAUUGCGGAGGAGGAAAUGAAAAUCUGCAUCUGUUCUCCUUUGAGGUCAAUUGUCUUAAACUUCCCAAAUGUGAAUAGUUAACUGUGCGUUAAUACGACAAUCAUAUGCACAAUGUUAAAAUAACGAAGAAAUAUUAUGUGCAAACAUUUGACUUUGAAGCGUCAGUGAAAAAAUACCGUUGGACUAAAAAUGUCAUUACUUCUAGAUAAUAUUUCUGAUGACAUAAUUGUGAUCAUUACAAAGGUUUACAAUGAGAAGGGCAGAGGCAUGACUGUUGCCAGCUUGUAGCUCUUCCCCCAUUCUGAGCCUUAUCAGACCGAGCAGAUCCCAUUGUGUUUGCACAAUAAAACCUGAGGAUCUUUGACAAUUCUGUUAAUAUUUGCUCUUGUCUAAUGUCUUUUAAGCUGCCCCUGCUCAUCUUUUCCUGAAACCUUCCUGCAUUCUUUCCUGUAAUUCUACUAGUGCUUUCCCAGAUUCAAAAGAACCUGUUCUGAACAUCGAUAUUCUUCACUCUUUGGACUCCAAAUUAGAUCUUUUCACCUUAUCGUCUCAACCAAAAUUUUAACAGCGCGUACUGUUUUUGGCACUAAUCUAAAUUUCACAUACUAAAAAUAGUAUCAGGACAUCAACAAUAGCAAAACAAAAUUCAUUAAUGGUGACGAGUCAUGCAUUGUUUAAUAAGAACUAAGAUUGAUUUCCUUCUAGGAGGAACAUUUGGAAGCAGUAGUUCUGAACGUGUUUUGCUGGUUGGUCAAAUCAUAGCUGUUUUUUAACGUCUGCGUCAAUUUAAAAACCUUUGAUCUGUUUUGAAUGCACUAAUUCUGCCUCUACAGAAAUUGGAGAAUUCCAAAGAUACACUGCUUUCUCUAGCAAAAGAAAUUUCUUCUCAUCUGCCCAAAAUGGUUCAUCCUUUGUGUGUUUUGACUUGUUGGAUCUAGACAGUCUGACCACGGAAAGCAUCUUGUAUCUACCUUGCCAAGCCCUAUAAACACUUUGUUUCACUUAAAUCACCAUUGAUGCUUCUAAUUUCUCCUUGCAGAAUAAUCCCAAGAAUUAAUCUGAUAACCCAUCACAACAUUCUCCCUAUUACAAGUAUACCCUUCCCUUUGGGUAAGGAGAAUAGAAUGAUAAUGGUCUGUUGGGGCUGUAUAGAAUUGCAAUAUGUGGCACUUAAAGCCUCUUGUAUUAAAAGCCAAUGUAACAAUUACAUCCUUAAUUGUAACUGCAUUCAUCUUCAAUGAUUUCUAUACAAGAAAGCUGAACAACACCCCUUUUCAAUCGUCCAUCAUUUUAAAUUAUGUAUUAUUAACUAUUACUAGUAUUUCUUAUAGAAGGUUUUAGUUGGUUUUGAUGUCCUGUUAAUUUACUUGUUCCCACUCUUGUCAAUGUCUUGUUCCUCAAUUCACUUCUAAAAUUAUCAAGUCGACUACAUUUUCUUGUAAUAUUAUAAACAAUUUCUUUUGCAGUAUUACUAAUAUUCUUGAUAUUCAACCAUUCACUUUGAAUUCUCACUGUAGCACAUAAAAUGCUGGCGGCCCUCAGCAGGUCAGGUCGCCUCUAUUGAAAUGAACAAACAGUUAAUGUUUCAGACUAGACCUUCCUUGUAACUAUUUCUUGCUUAACUGAUUAUUGUAACAAACUUCCUAUUGGGUUUUACGCAGCCUUUUCUGAUUACAAAAAUUAAUGUAUUCCUGGAAAAUAUUUCAUUUUUGCAGAUUCAUCAAUAGUAAUGUAUUCUGGGAAACUGAAUUAUUUUUUCUUGGUUUUUGUCUUACAGGGAAUAUUUGCUAUAAAUUAUGUACUCAAGUUAGCCAUUACAUAAUGAUGGUUACACAACCCUGCCUAAAUAUUUUUCUUUGCAGUCACCAAAGGCUUCCAUCAUGAAUGCUAUAUCCCUUUAUAUGGACUUGAGAGUUCCUUGAAACACACUUGCAUUUGUUUUAUUGCACUGCCCUCUCACUGUCCUGAAUGCACUCAAUCAUCAGAGGACCAUUCAGGUAGUUUUCAAUUGUCUGUCUUGUCCUAGUGUGGCAAUUCCCUCUUCCCAGUUGCAAUGUCAGUGCUCUAUUAAGACCCAUUUCUUCCGCACCAGUAUUUGACGUGUGUUUUUAACUCUCUUGGGUACAAUCUGUUAAAGCGGUCUCUCAGCUGGAUAUUAAACAAGAUAUCAAUUAUUAUCUGUUCUGGUUCGCUUCUUAAUUUGGUACCUAGCUGUUUAGUCCAGCAGAGUCUCCUUGCUCUUUAAGAGAUACACACCUCCUCAAUUUCAGCUAAAAUUAAAAUUGGAAAAAGCCAAGACCAUAUUGAAGUGUACAAUAGAUUUAUUAUGGAGAUUUGACCAUGUAGUAUGGCAGUUCUAUAAAAUCCACCUUGUUGAAAUAUAAGUUAGAUUAUGCUCCACUUGCCCUGUUCUUGCACUGAUGUUCUACAACUGUGUGGAACUGCAAGUUUGACUGCCAUGGCAUCCUGUGGAAUUGAAAAGUCUGCAAGUAGUGACUUAGUGUCAGGCAAUGGAUCGUAAGCCCAGUCCUAAAGUAUAAAGGGAUCAAAUGUUAAUGCAUCUGGUCCUCAAUCAGCACCAAUUAAGCUCUGCUACUGGACUUAAAAAUGAGUAAGCAGGUGAACUGGAAGUCAAAUGUGCUGUUGCAGUGUGUUCCUGAUUUAACCUAGCAAAGUGUGCACACUGAUAGUCAUAUAAAUGUAUUGAUCUGGGAACAGGAUCUUAAUAAAUGUUCCUUUCCCAUCUGCCAGCAAAAAAGUAUAUUUCAGCACAACACAAGUUUUUCUGGUAACUGAACAGAAUUGUCCUUUUCUAAUUUAAUGUUCAGGACAGACAGGGAUCUAAAUAAUUAAAUGUGUCAUUUGGAAUCAGGUUUAUUGUCACUGACCUAUGCCGUGAAAUUUGUUGUGCAGCAGUAGUACAGUGAAAGACAAAAAUCACUAAGCAAUAAAAUAGUGCGAAAGGCAAAU